AUGGCUUCAUUAAGCUCAGCUCUGCCGGCAUGGCGGAGUGUUGCCCCCCGUCUAUCGAAAGACCUCUUUACCUGCAGACAAUGCCUCCGAAACCAAGGCUUUGCCGUCAAAUCCGUGCGCCGGUUCGCCGCAAUGCCGUCUCCCAAGCCUAGCAUGACCCGAUCCUCCCUUUUCACCGAUAAGAACCGCCAAUUCUUCACCUCGAGUCUGCGCCGAUCUGUGGCUGCCCCGGCUGUGGGUGCUGCAGCUGAUGAGGUUGCUGCUAAAGCCAAGUCGAGCUUCCCCAAGAUCAGCGACAAGUCCGUUGCAUACUGGCUUCUGGGUAGCGCCGCGAGUGUGUUCGGUAUCGUGAUCUUUGGAGGAUUGACUCGCUUGACUGAAUCUGGCUUGAGCAUCACCGAAUGGCGCCCUGUUACUGGAUCCCUGCCGCCUAUGAACGCCGAUGACUGGGAGUCCGAGUUCGCCAAGUACCGCGCAUCCCCCGAGUUCCAGCUGCUCAACCCCAACAUGAAUCUGUCCGAGUUCAAGUCUAUCUACUACAUGGAAUGGAUCCACCGUCUCUGGGGCCGAUUCGUCGGUCUCUCGUUCGUUAUCCCCGCCGUUUAUUUCGUCGCCCGCAAGAAGGUCUCCACGCCCAUGGCUUGGCGCCUGGCUGGUAUUGCCGGUUUGAUUGGUUUCCAAGGCUUCCUGGGCUGGUGGAUGGUCAAGUCUGGUCUCAAGGAUGAUCUGUUUGCGCCUGGUAGCCACCCCCGUGUCAGCCAGUACCGUCUUACUGCCCACCUUGGUGCUGCCUUUACCUGCUACGUCGCUAUGCUGUGGAACGGUCUUGCUAUCCUGCGGUCUCACCGUCUGAUGAAGGAUGCUACCGAGGGGCUGAAGCAGCUCGAGGCUCUCCGUGACCCUCGUCUGGCCUUCUUCCGCCGCUCCGUUGCCGGUCUCGCCAUCCUGGUCUUCACUACUGUCAUGUCUGGCGGUCUCGUUGCCGGUCUCGAUGCCGGUCUUAUCUACAACGAGUUCCCCUACAUGGGCAAGGGUUUCGCUCCUCCUGGCUCCGAGCUGUGGGAUGCUCACUACUCUCGUCACGAGGACCGGUCUGACCUGUGGUGGCGUAACAUGCUUGAGAACCCCUCCCUUGUCCAGCUUGACCACCGCAUUCUCGCCAUGACUACUUUCACUUCUAUCAUGGCUCUCUUCAUCUACUCCCGCCGCUCUUCCACUGUGAGCCGUCUCUUGCCCCCCGCGGCUCGCAAGGGUAUGCACGGUGUUGUCGGCUUUGCCUGCAUGCAGGUUGCCCUCGGUAUCUCUACUCUGCUCUACCUCGUCCCCACACCGCUUGCUUCUGCCCACCAGGCUGGUAGCUUGUUCCUCCUCACCUGGGUUAUGGUGCUGGGUAGCCGUGUCUGGCACCCCUCGCGCACAGCCAAGCUUCUCCAGAUGGCUGCCAAGGCUCGUGGCCAGCAGCUUUCCAGCUCUACUGCCUCGGCCAUGAAGCGGCUGUAA